AUGUCUGCCACAUCAUUAGCACCACCUUUUCCCGCGGAAACUGUUAUCAGCUGUAUUAAUUUUCAAGAAACUAUUCUCGAUACACCUCAUUUCCGUGCAAACAUUCGAAGAUUUGAAGAGCAUGUGGAUCAUUUUGAAAAAUGGUUAGAUGGGUUUUGGAAAGCUUUAAAACAUUACAUUGAAGAAGUUAACAAAUUCAACGAUGCAAGCAACAAUUUGGCAAAGCGUUCCUCCCCUAUUGAAGAUUCAUUACUAGAUAGUGAAUUUACAUUACCAACUGAAGUUCGCCGAGCUUAUGAUAAAGCACUUGAAAAAUAUGAUAGUAUAAUAUCAAAAUACGCAUCUCAAUCAAAGACUAAGGAAGCAAGCGCAUUGCGAGAGUUUUUGGGUGGUAUAUGUGCACAUCUAGAACUCCACGAUUCAUGUUUGAUGAUAUACAAAGGUUCUGAAAACAGUCUUGAUAGGUUAAAGGGAUGGUUAUGUGAGAGCAAAAAAACAUGUGAAAGUCAGAUACCGGUUCUGCAAGAUUUAAGAAAAAAAUUAGAAGAGGAUGCAAUAAAUAUGACUAAACCACGUCGUAAAUUAACAAAAUACACUGAUCACGUAAACCCCAUAACAAUACAUCCUACACCAAAUUCGUUACAAUUCAAUCGUCCCCCUUCUCCUGCCGUAAGUCUCGCUGAUAUACCUCCAAAACAAGGUUAUCUUUUCAUGAAACCUCUUGGUGGAAAAAGUACUUGGACGAAAAAGUAUUUUUAUUUAAAAAAUGGAAUGUUUUGGUGGGCUUCUGUUGGAUCCGGAAAAAAUCGUUCCACAGUCGAGGAGAGUGAAAGAAUGGGUGUUUUACUUUGUGAAGUGAAGUUAGAUACAUCACAAGAUCGAAGAUUCUGCUUCGAAGUUGUAUGUGGUGCUAAACAAACUAGUUAUGUUCUUCAAGCUGAAACCGAAGCUGAACUUAAAGAUUGGAUCACUACUUUUGAAUCUGCAAAGCGUCAUGCUUUCCGCUCAACAAAAGACCUUGCAACAUCUGCCGCUGCAGCUGUAAGUUCACAUAAAGAGUCAGAAGAUGAACAAAAUCAACCUAUCACUGAUGAAGAACAACGCAGUGAUGAUGCUGUAUUAAAAUCUAGUGAAGGUUCCCAACUUGACGCAUUAGAUAUAAAAUCAUCCAAUCUUGCAACAUCAUCUUCCGGUGACCCAAAAUCAAGUUCUUUAAACGUCUCAAAUAUAGCCAAUAGAAAACGAUCUUCAUCUAUACCUAAUCUUCCAAGGCCACAAUUAGUUCCUACUUAUAGUGGUCCAUCCAAGUUAUCUGGAACUAAUUUACACCUCAGUAACACUGGAAAUUUAGUUGUUCCGUUAGCAUCACAAAAUGUUGUUAAUGAAAGAAAUGCAUCAGGUGCCAGUCAACAAAAUUUCUGGGGAACUUUACAAAUGGGAUUUAUGCCUGCAAUGAAUUUGCUCAUCAAUACAGUUAAUUCAACGGAAGGAGAUGAGGAAGCUGGAGAUGAGACAAGCGGACGAAAGAGAUCAUCGUCUUUUAGAAGCAAAGGUGGUAGAUCUCGUAGUGGAAGUGGACCUGUUGGAUAUGGAGCUGAUGGGUCCAUAGCUGAAUAUUCUCAGAUUUUGUUUUUGCAUAAUGUGCAACUUCACUUUUUAUUUCCAAACUCAACAGAAAGAGAAUUUGUGUUAGAUGUAUACAAUUGUGCCUGGAGUAGGAACAAUGUAUUAUUAAAAGGGCGUGUAUAUAUUACACAAGAUAUUCUUUAUUUUUAUUCUGUAGUAAUGAGCAUAGUUAAUACGUUUUGUGUGUCAUGGAAAGAUAUAAAAUCAAUUACCCGGGAGACUACAAAUACUCUACAGACUAUUGAAUUUUCUAAUGAAAAUGGAAACCAAAAGCCGUCAACGUUGCAAGCGAUGUAUGAUGCAGUGUGGAAAGACCACAUACCACUACGUUCUAAAAAAUCUAGGGAAGCUUUAAAUGACAAGAAUGCAGAGUUUCAUAAAGAAGAUUUUUCGAUAAAUCUUGAAACACCACCAGAAAAAGAUGUACAAGAUUCAAUUGAUCAUUCUGAUAAUCAAAAAGCAUCAGACGCAUUUGAAAUGAAAGAUGAUCAAACGAAAAGUGAUAGCGAUAAAUUGGCUACAAAGGAUCCACAACCUGUUCCAAUUGCUUCUAAACCACAAGAAGACGAUGACUGGCCUUCACAUAUAACUCAACCGAGUGAACCAGUUGAAUGUAAAUGCACGGAUCAUCUUGAAAAAUUAGAAAUUGAAGUAGAAUAUCAAAUUUCUGCAAAAAAAUUAUUCGACAUGCUUUUUGAUGAAAAGAGUGCAAUAUGGGAGCGGUUACAUCAAAAGAAAGGAAACACACUACUGCAUAGUGGACCAUGGGUAAUAGAUAAUAGUGAGGAUGGUGAAAGAAAAAGAGAACUCAAGUUUAUUAUGCCAGUUAAUAAUCCUUUUUUAGCUAAUGUUAAAGAAACGGACUGCCUUCAAACACAAAUUUGUCAAAAACGCGAAGAUUAUUUAUGUUAUGUUGUUUCAAUACAAACAAAAGCUCUAAAAUUGCCAUACAGUGAUUCAUUUUUACCAAUAUGCAAGUGCUGCAUAACUUAUGUUUCGAAAACAUCAUGUAAAUUGGCAUGCCACAUUGGAAUCAAAUGGUUCAAGUCACCAAUGGUUAAAAAAAUGAUUCGAAAAGCUGCAAUGGCCGGCUUAUCAGAAACUGUAGCGGAUAUAAUUGAAUUACUUAAUACAGAUGUGCAAAAUGAAAAUGUAUCAACUGUCUUACCAAGCUCCCCAAUACGAACAACACACGGAGGAUAUACUUCAACUCUUCGUCGUCGUCCUCAUCAUCGUGCACCCAAAAGUCGCCAUUCAAAACACACUACAAGUGACGAUAAUUCAGUACCUGGUGGUUCAUCAGGAAAAAUGACUGAAGACAUUUCAACUUCUUUAAGAGAGAAGAUCUUUACAAUUAUUUCAUCAGUUGUUGAACUCUUAUCUUCUUUAUCAUUAAAUGAUGUUUACAAACAAUUUCUAGACACACGAAUUCAAUAUCCACCAUAUCCAUGGUUACUCCAUUCACAUCGUCGGUUAUCCGAGGAAAUAAUACAUUCGCGAAAAAAAGUAGCGAUGUUACGAUAUGAUCUACUACUUACGUUCAGACUUAUAAAUUUGAUCGAUAAAAGACUAUUAGAGAGUGAAUACAUUAAUUGGCUUUUGGAUGAAAGAGCCAAGUGCAACAAAGCGAGAUGGUUGUUUCUGAAAGACGAUUUAGUUGAUGAAAAUGAGGAUAAUGAGGAUAAUUUAGAGAAUGAUGGUUGUAACAAUUGUGAUAAUUCGAGCACAAUUAAUGAACAAACUAAUUAUAAUAGAGCUAACACAACGAAAGUGAGUAGUAAUGAGAGAUAUAAGUCAGAGUAUAAAACUAUAUUAAAGUAUUGUGGAGACAUCAAGAAGCAAUUGGAUGUGAUGCCUACAGCACUUUAG